UUCGGAAAGAAGGGAUGAAACAUCUAUUUAUCUUUAGUCUACUUGAUAACUUACUACAUACACACAUCUUGCUAAUAAAUAUACAUACUAAUAAUUUCUCUGCCACGAAAUGAUGUGGAUCUCCCAUAUUGCCACGGUGGGGUUAAUCUGUGCACUCAUUGUAAACGCGCAAGAAUGUCUUCCCUUAGAUCAGGACUGCUCAUUCUAUUCCCGCUGUCUCGAAACGGCCACGCCUUGCGGCCCAUCCGGAUAUGCGAUCGGACUUUGCGAAAAGAUUUGUCACAGAUCUCUCGCUGCAAAAUCGCAGUUUUCCCCAGCUGGACAAAAAUGGGCUAGGAGUACGACGUUCUGCCUGCAAAAUGUUCUCGUGCCCAUCGCCAAUGGCAACAUGACCUUGACCUGUGAUGAAAUAAAAACUUAUGGGUACAACUCGCAUCCGGAUUGUUAUGUAAACGCUGGAUUCUGCUCACUCCCAAUGGCAGACAAACUUUUGAUUUACAAUCUUAUCGAGGUUGAUUAUGAAGCUUUGCGGCAGGCUGCCAUUAUUGCGAGAUGGUGUGCAAGGCUGUAUUACAAUAGAAUUUUAAGUCCAGAAUUAUAAGAAUUUUACCCGAAAUAAAUUCGAUAUUGAAAUGCA